UUCUCAACCUAACCUGCGUUUUUUGUUUAUAAACAAUAUUGAUUUUCAUAUCAAUCGAAUUGUCUCACCUCGCGUUAUAACCCGAUAGAGGUUUUGAAUCCUUUUUCAAGCCCUAGGGCUUGAUUUUAAGUGAAAUUUCAGUGUAUAGUGGAGUGGCCUAGUGUUGUUGCGUAACAAUAGUUGCCAAUACGGUCACCCACUCGCACGGAUUUUUCACUUUUGCGCAUGCGCACUUACAGCUAAAUCCGACAACAUUGAUCUGAUCAAAUCAAACACUAAGAUGCAAUCACAGAUCAAAAUCUCUUUACCGCGCAUGACCAAAUCGAGAAUCUAAAUCAAAGGAACACCUCUAAUCUCCUUACUCAAUCUACAACUACAUCGCGUCACUCUCGUCGCUAAGCGACACGAAGAGACGCAUCACCGCGUUGCACCGCGGCCGUCACGUCCGCGUCGUCGUCGCGCGUCGCCACCGUCGCACGCCGCACCGCACAGCACGCCGCGCCGCGCCGUACUCUUCGCCUGCGUUGUAUACAUCUUUAAUUACCACUACGCAAACCAUAUGUUACAUUCACACAUAGCCGUGACGAAACUCAAAUGAAGAGGUGCACUGCACAUGGAGUGAUAUACUGUAACAUAUGUAAAUGCUUACAACAUAAUAAGACGGAUUGUGACUCCCAACUCUGCUUCGAAAACAAGAUCUACAAUAUUAACAUAUCAAAACAACAACAAAGAAGUACAGAAUGUAACAAAGAAAGGAAUCAAGAAAAACAGACGCAAAUAGAGCAGGAAUCGAACCAAAAUCCACAACAACAAAAUCAAGAAGAAAUGGAAACAUCAAAACCUCAAAAAAGCUCCUCUGACUUGACCUCUGACUUAACUCCAAAAGGAAACAGCCUGGAACAAACGCCAACAGAAGAUCCCACCACCUCCCACUCUACAGAUCAAGGGAAAACAAUCAUGGACGAAAUGAAAAAACUUACCAUCCUAAAAGAAGAACACGAACAAGCUAUUAAAGUGAUUAGACAAAUGAUAUAUGAGAUUGACAAUGGAGGGACAUUGGAAAUCAGAAUUGGAAACAAAAUCUUUUCAAAAAGCAAUGAAGUGAGAACAAAUCUGAUGAACACAAAAAUGUUCAGAGAAGAACAACUUAAACUAACCCAAGAACAAUUGAAACACCUUAAAAACGACCCAAAUCAAACCACCACAGAUAAACAAACCACCAACAUCAGAAAACUCGACAAAGAAGAAGAAAAUAUCAACUUCGAAAUUGUUAACGAAGUAAAGCGAAGAAGAAUGGAAACCGCUGGAGAUAAAUCAGAAGAAACCCCAAACUCCGAAACAACAGAAGAGAACUCUAAUGAUAAAGAUAGGAAAGAAGAAACUAACGUGGAACUCAUGGAUACUCAAAAUACAGAAACCAAAGAAGAACAAGGCUCUAAAAGAAGAUGCAAAAACUACACAUCAAACACCAGUGAUGAAGACGAUUUGAACAAAACCUUUUCAGAUCCAGAGAUUACAACUCCAUCUCGUAAACGUAAACUCAAAAGCAAAAUCGAGAAAAAACGAACUCCACUUAAAAAUACAAGAAAUACUAAACCUGACAUAAGAACAUCAACACCUACACCAACUCUAACAACCAAAACCAAACCAACACAAGAUACAUACCAAACAGAUUCAGAAAUGGAAAUAGAAUUCGAAAAAGGAACCAAAUAUGACCAACUCAACAAAGAAGAUCAACUCAACAAAGAAAAAGAAAAAGGAGAUAAAAAACACCUACAACAACAACAACAAUCUUCGGAGAAUAAUAAUGAACUACCACCAGGGGCCUUCAACACCAAAAUCAAUUUCAACUCCAAAAUCAAUUCCAAAACCAACAAAACUCAAAAUCAACCAAAAGAGAAAACAGACAAGAAAAAAGAAGAAAAACUGAAUAAGAAACCGAUAGAAAACAAAACAUCAAUCUCAAAAGAAAAUGAAGAUACCAAGAUAAAUAGAGAAUCACCACAAAUAAUAGAGAAAAUAGAGAACUUUCUGGAAAAUAUGAAGAAAACUGGAGAAAAACAAAUGCAAGGAAUCAUGAAAGAAUACAUGAAUAACAUAAAUAAAGAGAUAAACUCAAAAAUAAAUGAUAUCUUAGAAAAUACAUUUGUCUCUAAACAGAUAGAACAAUAUAAAAAAGAGCUAAAUGACAAAGACAAAACGAUCAAAAAUCAAGAAAAAGAAAUCGAAAAACUAAAAGAAGAAAAUAAGAAACUAAAAGAAAAACCUCAAACUGAAAACAACAAAGAAAUGAACAAGAAAAUAGACAAAAUCUAUGAAAACAACAACAAAAUGUUUGACGCAAUGAAAAGCACAAACACAGUACUAAAAGAAAAAGAAGAACCAUGGAAUGUACAACUAGGGAAGAAGAUACGUAAAGCGAAAGAUACCAUGAACCCUAACAUGAAGAAACUACAUAUCCCUGAAACCGAUAGGAAUUCAUUCGCUAACAUAUUGAAAAAACAAAACAUAGAUGUGAAGAUUGACCAAGUUAUCACAAGCAAAAAUGGAGUGACACUGGCAAUAACGGAUCAAAAAUCAGCAGAAGAGAUAAAACAAAAACUAGAUGAAAACAAAUCGACUUACAGAGAAUUAGAACCGAAGAGAAUAUACACAUACAAGAUAACGAAUAUAGAUGCAUGUCUAGACACAGAAGAUAUAAUACAAGACCUAUUAAAGAAAAACUUACAUGAAAGAGGCUGGAAAAGAGAAAAACUGGACGAAAAUCUUAAACAUGUUGCCACAUUCAAGGUGACUGGGAGAUAUUCAAAAGAUAAUCUUCAAACAGUUUUCUUUAACGCAACAUCAGAAUUAUCAGAGGACUUCGAUAAAAUAAAACUUGUCUACAUAGGAUCUACAAGAUGUAAAAUUUAUCCAACAGUACUAGUACUACCAUGUCGAAAAUGCGGUUCUCUAUCACACCAAACACGAUUCUGUGAAAUAAAAGAAGACAAAUACAUAUGUUACAAAUGUGGAAAUUCCAAUCAUAAGAGCAGUGAAUGUAAAAACAAAAUCAAAUGCAUACAUUGUGCAGCAGCGAAGAAAUCAGACACAAAUCACACCACUGGAAGCCAAUUUUGCCCAUUUGUAUAUGCAGAAGCACAGAGAAGAGGUAGAAGACUCAUCUGGAACUCCACAGAGGACGAAGGAGGGAUAAUACUACCCAGCAAUGGAGAAUCGACAGCCUGAAAACUCUGAUACACUCGAAGA